AUCCACAUAACAUCUGCUGACAGCAUACCGGACCCCCCCCACUCCCCCACAGGGAAUAAGGUACUUUUUAUCGCAGAGCUUUGACAAGCAGACAACAUGAAGCCUAAAUCUCUUCCAUCGGGGUUGUUCGACGGAAAUUCUGCAUCGGUUGAAAAACUGAACGUGCGAGCGGCAAAGUAUCACCGGCAUGUGGAUGACCAGGAGAGUCCGUCUCACUCGGCAGCAGAUGACAGCGGACAAAACGAGAGGUGCCACAGAGAAGUUCACUUUGCCUUUCUGCCGGAGAGGUACGAGCCGCUGGUGGAUGAGGAGGCGCGAGUCACGGCAAAAGAAGACAAGAAGAAAAGGAAGAAAGCAAAGUACAAAAAAGUCAAGAAGAAUGUUGGGAAGGCCCUGCGCUGCACCUGGAAGUGUCUGAAGCUUGGUCUGUACAAUUUUGCCCUGGGCUACUCUACUCCAAUAUCAAUGGCUGCUGCUUUUGACCCUGACUUUCACCGAAGCAGAAACACAACCUGAGCCCAGCCACGUGCACCUCCUCUGCAGCCCCAUGCCGGUUAGCGAAUGGACACAGAGCAAAUACUUUUUAUCUGUUUAGGAUGUUUGAGUAUUUGGAAUCACAUGCAAUGAAAAUAUGCGUAUUAUGCUGAUGACACGAUGAGGUGGCCUCUGUAACUGCUGAUAGUUUGACUUGUCACGCUAUUUCCUUCCUAAUAAUAUUUAUAAUACUCUAAUCUUAAAUCUGUGCUUCUCAGUGUGACAUUUUGAUUUUUAUCAAUCAUAUACAUACAUAGACCGGAUUUGAAGGGAAAAUAAUCAGUUAAAUCUCAAAAUCAGAGAUGGACUCUACAUUUUGACAUAAUAC